AUGCAACCCACUAAAGAACAAAAGGCUACGAUUCUGCAAAGGAUUCUAAAGCUUAGCGAUUUCUCGCCGUUUGUUUUAAUUCUAGACUCGCUGUCUCAGUCUGCUUCGACUCUGAUACCGGAGUUUCACCAUCACAUGCCUGCUAAUGUGAAAAUAGUUCAGGUUUUCUUGGAUCACCAUCCAGAACAGCCCUCCAUUUCCCCUGAUCAGCUUGUGAAUUUCGUCAAGAGCCAGGUAUCAGGCCGUUCGCUUGUAUUUAUUGAUAACUUAGGACUCUUGAAGGAUGUAGGGUCCAUUCUGCACCAGAUCAUGAGCCCUGACACGACCGUCGUUGGCGUAUUCCACAGUGAUACAAUGUCUCCUCCGAGUUAUUCCCCGCAAGGCAUCCAACUUCUUAAUUAUAUGGCCACUAGCAUUAUUGAAUUGGUCCCACAGGAAAGCGUGGAGCAGGACUUGGCCGAGGAUCCCUGCUUUGGGCCGUACACCUUCAGGGGGUUCAACAGCCCAGAAUUCACAGCAAACGUCACCCACAGGCGCAAAUCAGGCAGAGCGAUCACGGCGAAAUUCAGGGUAAACACAAAAAGCCACACCUACGAGUAUGUUGCCAAGCAGGUCCUAGAAAACGACGACGAAAAGCUGCUGGCAAAUUUGACCACGUUCAACCUCAGAACCACCGACAAACAAAAACAAGAGCGCGCAAAGGUCGAUCUUCCGUUCUUGCAUGCCCAAGAAGUAGGCGACGGAGGUGCUCAGGGCGGAGCAAUCGUGUAUCAUUUUGAGAAAGAAGACGAUUACGACGAAGAAGAUCCUUAUGAAGAUCCAUUUUAA